GGAAAGCUGGUAAUAGGAAACCCAAGGUUGAGAAGGGUGAACGUUGAUGUGUCGUGGGGUUGUUAAUCAAUGUCAUAGAAGAAUGUGUGUGCUGUUAAUGAGAAAGUAGUUUAUUCUGUAAACAUUCAUCUUAAGUUCAAUAAAAAAAAUUAAAAAAAAAAUCUUUUCUUUCAAACAGGAAAAUUAUGAUUUCCUGGUUUAUUUGCUUUGAAUUUUUUUUAAAAACAGGAACUGAUGUUUAGUUUUUUCUGUAAUACAAUAUGACAGAUUAAAUUUAAAAAUUAAAAAAAUGAUAAUUAAAUUUAAAGGUGAGCACUAUCAAUUCUUUCCAUCAUGCCUCUAGUCAUCAUGCAGUGGGUUCUAUUUUCCAUCCUUCUGAAUCUGGGCUGGUCUUGGGACUUGCUGGGCUAGUAGAAUCUGAUAGAAGAUAAAGGCUAGUCUUUAGGAAGUGUGGAAGCUUCCACUUUUCUUCUUGAGCUUAUUUAAUUAAAAAAAUACUGUUAAUCAUGGGUUUGUACUCUGAUGAGGGGACCGGGUGAUGCAGCAGUCAAAGUGCUCAGUUAAGGAAAGGCAGUUCAGUUCAAACCCACCAGCUAGUUGCUCUGCAGAAGAAAGAUGUGGCAGUCUAGUUACACAAAGAUUUAUAGCCUUGGAAACCCUACCGGGCAGUUCUACUCUGUCCUAUAGGGUCGCUAUGAGUCGCAAUCGACCAGACUGUAGUGGGUUUUGGGGGCACUUUGAUGAUUUUUUUUUGAUGAAGCAGUUGCCAAAGUAUUUUGAAUAAGAGAGCAAUAUAAUACAUGCUGAUAUUUCUUAGAUAUUACUCUCCUUCUUAAAAAGUUUCCUGUUAAUUUAGGUUUUGGUUUAUUCUGGACGAAGUUUAGAAUGUUUCAUAAAGUACACAAUAUAUUAAAAGUCAAAGAGAAAAAAUGCAUACAAAAACUUGAGAUUCUUAUUGAAGAUUUGUGAAAGAAUAUUGAGUAUAUCUAUGAAAGGCUAUAUAUCCAUUUUUCGAAUACUUUUAGUGUCACAGAGGAAAUAAUAUGUGCGAUAUUCUUUUCUUUUGAAUUGUGUAUAGUUUCUGAUUUACAGUUUUCGCUAAUUGCUUUGCGAUUAUGAACUAGUUUUCUUGCCUCGCCUCUUUUUUUCCUGACAGAAUCGCUGAUGGCCUCAAAUAUUAUUCUUUCAUUUUCAGCUAGAAUUUCCUAGUAUUUAAAGAGCGAAGUUGACGCGCAGUCUCCUUCCCUUGACAGACGCGUGUCUACACUGCACAGCGACCGAACAUAUGCACUAGCUGCAAUCAUUAACUUUUGGAGAGCCUCUGGCGGGGGGCGGAGCAAGGGCUCCGGAUUGCUUAAAGGGACCUCCUCAGACCCCCGACUCCCGCCGAAGUGGUAAGAAACAUUAAGGGCUGGUCGCGGAGCCUCCAGGGAAAUGUAGUUUUGACGUUUGGGGGGCACUCGGCGUGCGGGUCUUCUGCGCAUGCCUUAUCCCGCCUUCUACCUCGGUGCGCUACCGCUUUCUAGUCCUGUUUCCAACCGGCCUCGCCUGGGAGCCGGUUCGUCGAGCACGGAGCCCAUGCGCUCUCCUGGGUCCAGGGCAACACGACGAGGGAGCGGCGGCCAUCUACAUUUCCCCAAGAGCAGUAGAAAAUGAGCAAAUUCCAGAUUGAACAGAAAUUCCAGGGAUCAGUGUCACUUAAAGAUGUGAUUGUGGGCUUCACCCAAGAGGAGUGGCAGCACCUGGACCCUACUCAGAGGUCCCUUUAUAGAGACGUGAUGCUGGAGAACUACAGCAACCUCAUCUCAGUGGGGUACUGUGUUACCAAACCAGAGGUGAUCUUCAGACUGGAGCGAGGAGAGGAGCCGUGGAUAUUGGAGGAAGAAUUCCCAAGCCAGAGCUUCCCAGAAAUCUGGAAAGCUGAUAACCUGAAAAAGAGGAGCAAAGAAAAUCAAGAUAAACAUUUGUGGCAAGUUAUAUUCAUCAGUAACAAAACACUGUCUAAGGGACGAGGUAAUGUAAUAGGAAAUCCACUUACCUUGGACACAAAUUCUUUUCCUCCCAGAAAAAUACUCUGUCAGUAUGACUUACAUGGAGUGAGUUCAAACUAUAUUUCAGAAUUAGUAAUUAGUAAGAAAAACUAUUUAAAAAAAAAGCCUGACGAAUUUAAUGCCUGUGGAAAGUUGUUAUUUAAUAUUAAGCAUGAGAAAACUCACACUGGAGAGAAAAGUGAAGUUUUUCAAAAUGGUAAAACCCUUAGUCCUAGUGAAGACAGUAUGCAGCAACAGAAGAAUCAAACUUUAGAGCAAAAUUUUGAGUAUAACAUUUGUCAGGAACUCUUCCAUGAAAAGGUCUUAUUCAAUACACAAAAGAGAGAAAACACAGAAGGGAAUAACUAUGAAUACAAUGAAUGUGGAAGAACUUUCUGUGAUAACUCAUCCCUCUUGUUCCAUCAGAUAGAUCCCUCAAGAGAGAAUCACUGUGAAUUUAGUGAUUGUGGGAAAUCCUUAGGUAUGAAGUCAAGCCUUUUGAAACAUCAUGGAAUACAUACGAAAUCCUAUGAAUGUAACGCAAGUGGGAAUAAUUUCAGGAGGAAGUUAUACCUCUCACAACUUCAGAAAACUCAUAAGGGAGAGAAACACUUUGAAUGUAAAGAAUGUGGGAAAGCUUUCUGGGAGAAGUCACAUCUUACUCGACAUCAGAGGAUACACACAGGAGAGAAGCGCUUUGAAUGUAAUGAAUGUGGAAAAACUUUCUGGGAGAAGUCAAAUCUCAUUAAACAUCAGAGAUCACACACAGGGGAGAAACCCCAUGAAUGCAGUGAAUGUGAGAAGGCUUUCAGCCACAAAUCAGCCCUCACAUUACACCAGAGAACACAUACAGGGGAGAAACCCUAUCAAUGUAAUGUAUGUGGGAAAACUUUUUACCAGAAAUCAGACCUCACUAAACAUCAGAGAACACACACAGGGUUGAAACCCUAUGAAUGUUACGAAUGUGGGAAAUCCUUCUGUAUGAAUUCACAUCUCAUAGUACAUCAGAGAAUUCACACCGGUGAAAAACCCUUUGAAUGUCCUAAAUGUGGGAAAUCAUUCUGUCAAAAGUCACAUCUUUCACAGCAUCAGAGAACUCACAUAGGAGAUAAACCCUAUGAAUGUAAUGUUUGUGGAAAAACUUUCUACCACAAGUCAGUACUUACCAGGCAUCAGAUAAUUCAUACAGGGUUGAAACCUUAUGAAUGUUACGAAUGUGGGAAAACCUUCUGCUUGAAGUCAGACCUCACAGUACAUCGGAGAACUCACACAGGGGAGAAGCCCUUUGCCUGUCCUGAAUGUGGGAAAUUCUUCAGCCAUAAGUCAACCCUUUCCCAACAUUAUAGGACACACACAGGGGACAAACCUUUUGAAUGUAACGAAUGUGGGAAAAUCUUUUACAAUAAAUCAUACCUCACCAAACACAAUCGAACACAUACAGGGGAGAAACCCUAUGAAUGCAAUGAAUGUGGAAAAACUUUCUGCCAGAAGUCACAGCUCACUCAGCAUCAGAGAAUUCACAUAGGGGAGAAACCCUAUGAAUGUAAUGACUGUGGGAAAGCUUUUUGCCAUAAGUCAGCUCUAAUUGUACAUCAACGAACUCAUACAGAAGAAAAGCCCUAUAAAUGUAAUGAAUGUGGAAAAUCUUUUUGUGUCAAGUCAGGACUUAUUUUACAUCAGAGAAAGCACACAGGGGAGAAACCUUAUGAAUGUAAUGAAUGUGGGAAGUCCUUCAGUCACAAGUCAUCCCUCACAGUACAUCAAAGAGCUCACACAGGAGAGAAAUCUUGUCAAUGUAAUCAAUGUGGUAAAAUUUUCUACCGUAAGUCAGACCUUACUAAACAUCAGAGAUCACACACAGGAGAAAAACCCUAUGAGUGUAACACAUGCGGAAAAACCUUCUCUCAGAAGUCAAAUCUCAUUGUACAUCAGCGAACUCACACAGGAGAAAAAGCUAUGAGAAAUAGAAUGUUCAGCCAGAAGUUAUCCCCCACUAAACUUAAGAGAAUUCAUACUGGAGAAAGCUUUACCGACAUUCUGAAUGUUCAGUAACCUUCACCCACAAACUGGCCUUAUUUUACUUCAAAGUAAUGUUAGGGGAGAAACCCAUAGAUUGCAACAAAUAUAGGACAGCCUUUGUAUAGAGGUGACAUUUCAUUGACACUGGCAUAAAACUUUGCAGGAAGUUUGAAUUUGUGUAAGUUACUUGUAAAAAUGCAAACUAGGUUAAGUCAAUUUGUAUUGAGAAAUCUGUCAAAAAAUAUUUAAAAAUUUACUUUGGAAAUAAUGUAAUAUUAGAAGUUGGGUUCCAGAUUUGAUACCAUAAUUGUCUUUUGAAAACAUAACGAAUAGUGAUUUAUAGAUAUUAGUUGUGGAAUGUGAAGCUUAAAUUUUUUUUUUCUUUUUAGAGAUUGUUUAAGACUCACAGGAAAUUGAAAAAAUAUUACAGAGAAUUCUUUUGUACCUUUGGCCAAAGUGCUAUGGAUUGAAUUGUGCCCCCCUAAAAUAUGUGUUGUAAAUCCUAACCCCUGUACCUGUGGUUAUAAUCUCAUUUUGGAAUAGGUUUUGUUAUGUUAAUGAGACAGUAUUAGUAUAGGGUGUGUCUUAACUCAGUCUCUUUUGAGAUAUAAAAGAGAUUAAACAAGUGAGUGAGUAAGCCACAUGAAGAUCACCAGGAGCCAAGGAAUAAGGACCUUCCCCCAGAGCCAAGAGAGAGAAAGCCUUCCUUUAGAGCUAGCACCCUGAAUUUGGACUUACAGUCUCCUAAACUGUGAGAUAAUAAAUUUCAGUGUGUUAAAGCCGUUCACUUGUAUUUCUGUUACAGCAGUACUAGAUAACUAAACAGAAUUUGGCCAAGAAGUGGGAGUGCUGCUCUAAUAAAUACCUAAAAUGUGGAAAUGGUUUGGCAAUUGGGUAAUGGAUAGAGGCAGGAGGAAUUUUGAUGUUUUCAUUGUAAAGCCCUAGAUUGCCUCAAAGAGAGACUGUUGAUAGAAUUAUGUCCAUCAAAGACAAUUCUCGUGAGGGCUAAGAAAGAACUGUGGUGAGAACUGUCAUGAAUAGGAUGUUGCUAGAAAUGUUGAAUAUGCUUUUGGUGAGACUUUAUAUACAGAGAAGUGGUAAACAUGCGAUUGGUAAUUGGAGAGAAAGUAAUGCUUUUUAUGCAGUGGCAAAGAACUUGUCUAAAUUAUGUUCAGAUGUUUGAUGGAAGGUAGAACUUGUAAGUGAUGAACCUGGAUAUCUGGCUAAGAUGUCUAAGCAAGAUCUUAAAAGGGCCAUGUGGUUUCUUCUUGCUGCCUGUAGUAAAAUGUGAGAUGAAAGAGAGAAAGAGAUGGAGUUAAUAAUGAACUAUGCAAAGUGAGAACAAAGCUUAAAGAUUUAGAAAAUUCUGUUGUAUAAACUAAGGACGCGUGUCCUGGAAUUUUCACCAAGGAUGUGGCUAUAAAAUCUUUUGUUGAAGAAAUUAAGCCUGUGACUGAUGAGCCUAACCAAGUACUACAGCAGAAAACCCAUCAUCUCAAACUGACAGGGACAGAGAAAGGAUGAAACAAAAGAAAGCUGUCUGCCUCUUAGAAUUCUGUAGGGAGGAAACAGGCCAAAGGAGCUGCACCUGUUGUCCUCCAUGCCUGGAGAAGCUUGGAGAUAGGAGAACUAUUGGAAGGAGCAUGAGAAACAGGGGUAUCUUGGUUUCAGAGGCUGGAGCCACGGUUCCUAGAUCUCAAAGAGUGGAGCCACAGUCUCCUAGAUUUCAGAGAAUCACAUCAGCUCCAGAGUGUGGGGCUCCCAGUCAGUUUGGCCAAGAGGAUGGUGCCACUGCCCAAACCUGAGGGGUGGGGCUGCUGUGCCCAAGAGGCAGAAGAAUGGGGGUCCCAGGGAAGGAGGGGGUGGGGUUGCCACUCAGGUGGACUAGGUGAACGGGACCAUCCAAAGCCAAGAGAGCAGAGUUGCCAUCCCUGUGUGUUUGGAAGGCAGGGCUGAAGCCUUGGGCCAAAGGGCCUCCACCCAGAAUACGGAGAGCAUGGCCAACACCCAAAGUGUGGAGGGUAGGAGCCAUUGCCCAGAUGGUCCUGGAGAAGAGGGUGAUUUUCAGGCCUUGAGAGCUAAUGUAAUUUGUUCCGUUGGGUUUUGGACUUGCCUAGUGCUUGUUACCCUUUUGCCCUCCAAUUUCUUCCAUUUGUAAUAGAAGUGUGUGAUGGUUAAGAUUGUGUAUCAACUUGCCUGGACCAUGAUUCUCAGUGGUUUGGCAGUUAUGAUGUAGUUGAGCAGUUAUGUAAUGACAUAGUCACUUCCCUGAUGAGAUUUGAUAUAAUGUAAUUAUCUCCAUGAUGAGAUCUGCUAUGAGCAGCCAGUCAGUUAAAAGGGAGUUUUCUUGGAUAAGUGAUCUGCAUCCAAUACACAUGGACUUUCUGGCAAAGCUCACUGGCUUUUGCUUGCUUUGGAUCCUUCAUUUGGCUGGUCAUCAUCUGACCUUAGGUUCUUGGGACUUGAGCCAACAGCCUGCCUUCUUACCUGCUGAUCUUGAAUUCAUCAGCCUCUGCAGCCCAUGAGCCAGCAGCCUGCCGUCUGACCUGCCGAUUUUGGGUUUUUCAGCCCUUGCAGCUACGUAAGUCAGAAGAAGCCUCUAGCCUGAUGCCCUACCCACAGACCUGGUACUUUCCAGCCUUUACAACUGAGUGAGCUAUUUCCUUGUCAUAAAUCUUUCUACGUGUGUGUAUAUAUACAUAUAUACGUCACUGGUUUUGCUGUUCUAGAGAACUCAGCCUAAGACAAAAUGUUGGCUUUUCCCUCGUUGACUAUGGAAGCAGAUAACUUGUAUUCUAGAUUUCACAGGUUCAAAGAUGAAGAGGCAUUUUGCCGCAGCACUGAAUAUGCCUAAAGUGUCACCCAUGUUUGAUGUAGAUGAUUCAGAAGAUAAGAUUUUAGACUUGGAGUUGACUUAAGAUUUUUAGGACGAUGCGAUGAGAUUAAUGUAUUUUGUAUGUGGGAAGGACGUGAAUUUGCGGGGAGGGCUAAAGGGUAGAUUUUUAUAGAUUGAAUUGUGUCACCCCAAAAUAUGUGUUAUAAAUCCUAAUCCCUGUACCUGGGGUUAUAAUCCCAUUUGGGAUGGCAUUUUUUUGUUGUUGUUACAUUAAUGAGACGGUAUUAGUGUAGGAUGUGUUUGAAGUCAGUCUCUUCUGAGAUACAAAAGAGAUUAAACAAGCAAGUGAGUAAGCAGUGACAGGGCAAGAUAGCUGCCAUACCAUACACAGAUCACCAAACCCAGGAAAUAUGGACCUUCCCCCAGAGUCAACAGAGAGAAAGCCUUCCACUAGAGCUGGUGCCGUAAUUCAGACUUUUAGCCUCCUAAACUGAGAAAGUAAAUUUCUGUGUGUUAAAUCCACUCACUUGUGGUAUUUCUGUUAUAGCAGCACCAGGUAACUAAGACACCAAGCUUCUUUUAAGAUAUGAUCAUAUCUUACGUAAUCUUAGUAUAUUCUCAAAAACAAGAAAUUGAUAUCAGUAACAUACAGGGUCCCCACAAUGAAUCUAAUUGACGCCAAAUAACCACAGCAACAACAACCACACUACAAACUCAGAUACAGACCUUAUUUAGGUUUCACCAGUUUUUACAUGCACUGUAUAUGGGGUGUGUUUGUGUGUGAGCAUACUCGUACAUUAUAAAACUUUAUCAUACGUAAUUUCAGUGACUAUCAACACGAUCAGAAUACAGAACCAAACAGGAAUCUGGGAUCUGUAAUUCUGUCAGAAUUCCAAAGGACUAAGGAUGCCAUCAAAAAAAAACUCCCCCUUGUUACUCCUUAAUAAUGACACCCUUUUCCCAAUGCUGACCCCUGGCAACCAUUUGAGUAUGGAGCUUUUUAAAUGCACAGAUUAAUUGAAUAACGAGGGCAAUAGUGCUAAAUGCGUGUGUGAAAUAUCCCCAAGUACAUAGGAUUUAUGUAUGUACAUUUGGCACGUAAUAUAAACUGUUCUUGUGUUUUACAUGAAUAAUGGAAAUUAAUUGUUAAUACAGAAUAUGUAUCCCUAGUUUAGCAGUGAUUAUAACAGCAGGUCCAUCCCCAGUGUUUGUGGGGCUUAUAACAAAAGUUUACAUGAGGCCACAAAGCUAACUGAAUAUUGAAAUUAUAAUUAAAAUAACAAAAUUGAACAAGAUAUUGUCUGCAUGAGGAAAUCUAGCCUAAAGCACCAUUGCCCUCUUUCUCUUCCCACCAGUGGUUUACCACAGACUAUGAGGUGCCUUGAAUGUACACAUAUGGUCACGUUAGCCUUCAGCAUAAAUUUUCUUCAAACUCUAAGUAGGUUCCCUCCAGAACAGGGUCAUACCACGUUAGACGAGGUCUUAGGGCUGUUGGCCUGGGAAAACAAAGGACCCCGUGUACACAGAGAGGGAUCUGGGCCCUCAGAGACUUUUUACUACGUGAGAAGGGUUAAGGCUGGAGGAGGAAUAGAAUAGUACCAGAGUGGGACUCCUAUUGACAGUGUAAUGGUGGCAUACUAUAUUACAUGAUAUCAAGGUUUUCCAAGCUGGAUAUAAAUAAUGCCUCACUAUAUCCUAAGAGUACAAUAUAUGUUUUAUGUAGAUUAGCCUCUGAAUGUUUAAAGUACCAUACCUAUUUCUUUUAUCCUAUUUAUUUGUGUUUGUAAAUGUUUGUGACAGUUGUUACUGAACUUCGCUUUAAUAAAAAAGUGAAACAAUGUUUUUGUAAAGUUAACAAUUAGUUACCUCAUUGUCAAAGGAUAUUUAAAAUAUGCAGUCAGGUACACAAUUACUAACAGUAAAAAUCAGUGUCAAUAAUUAAGAAAGUAGUUGUGAAAAGUAGUACAUAUUGCAUUCUCCCCAUUAAAAGGGGGUGUUUGUGAAGAAAAUAUGGUAAUUGAUCAUACUCUUGUUAUAGUUCAGUGGUAUAUCAAGUUAGCUAUAACUGUACUAACUUUAUCAUGUUAGUGUAAAGGCGCAUAGUCAAGUACUGUGUAAUGCAGGAACUGUUUUCCCUUGCAGGUAGUAGGAGAUGCUGUAGAGUCCACUUUGCCCCUGUCUCUCUAGUAAAUGCAGCAUGGUGAUCUGGUUGUAUAGACUCAAGGGAGAUUUCUAGGGACAAAUACCAGUUCCCUCAACCUAACAGCGGUGUGACCGGGAGCAAGUACUUAAGCUCUUUGUGCCUCUUCUGAAAAGAAAGUAAUGUUCGUUACCGUGAGGAUUAUUUGUAAAAAUUACCCUGCAACAAAUUGAUAGGCGAUUCCAAAAUCUUAGCACAUCUAAUUUGGUUUGGUGGCCCUUUACCCAGAUCUUAGGUGUCGGCAAGCCUUUUCUGUAGAGAAUCAGAUAGGGAAUAUUUUAGACCUUCCAGCCGUGCUUUCUUAAAUGGUGUCAUGGACACCAUGUAAAUGUGCGUAGCUAUGUUCCAGUAAAACCUUAUUUACAAAACAGCUGGCAGACCAGAUUUGCCCCACAGGCCAUAGUUUGCUGACCACUGGUUUAGUUCAUUAGUUCUCAAACUUCCUGGUCUCAAUACCACUUUACGCUCCUAAAAAUUAUUGAGGGCCCCAACAGACUUUUCUUGAUGUGGGUUAUAUCUGUUGAAGUUUGCCAUAUUAGAAAAUUUUAAACAUUUAUUUAUGUGGAAAUAAAAAUUGUAAACCCAUUGUUAAAAUUAAUUUUAAUGAAAAAAUUUUUUGGAAACAAAAUUUAGAACAUUGAUGUUACUUUACAUUUUUGCAAACCUCUCUUGUCUGGCUGAGUAGCAGACAGCUACACUCUUUCUGUUUCUCUGUUCUGUAUAACUCAGUGUACACUCAUGAUUGAUUGAGAGGGAAAAUGCAGGUAACACCGUAGUAUUAUUGUGAACAAUGAGAGCAAUGGUGAUUCAGUGACAGAAUUCUCAACCUCCUGUGGGAGACCUGGGUUCAAUCCCUGGCCACAGCACCUCAAGCUCAGCCACCACUCAUCUGUCAGUGGAGGCUUGGGUGUUGCUGUGAUGCUAAACGGGUUUCAGUAGCACUUCCAGACUAGGACAGACUAGCAAGAAAGGCCUGCAGAUCCACUUCCAGAAACCUGUCAGUACAAAACCCUGUGAGUCACAUUGGUUUUAUUCCAGUGUGCACGGGGUCACCAUGAGUCAGCAGCCAGCUUACUCAGCAGCAGGUAAUAACAACAUUUUUAUGAAAGUAAGGUCCUAAAGGAGUUUUAAGGACCCCAGGGAUUCCCAGACCACACUUUGAGAACCAUUGGUCAGAAUUAAACUUGACAAUCCCAUUCUUCUUAUCAGUGAUUGGCUUGGCAUUUGGUGAGUAAUCUGGAGGAGGUGUGAAGACACGUAAGUAGGUUACCUUAUUGAUAAAGAGAGACACAAGUCGUUUUCUUUACUGGAUAUGAUUCUUGUUUGCACUUUUUGAACCUGAGGAUAACAGAAGAGAAAGAUGGAAAGAACUUGGAUGAAGUAUGCCAUUGAUCUGUUGAAAUAGUCAACCUUGUGCUGCUGUUUUAGGCUUUUUCUAAAUGUAAUAUAAUUAAGUUUUCCUUAUUAUUUAAGUUGGUUAAAGCAACUUAAUCAGUACAGAAGUAUACUUUUAUAAUUGUUCAUAAAUGAUGUAGCAGUUUGGGGGUUCAUUGAAAUAAGAAUGGCUGAUCAAUUUUCUGCCUCGUAUAAGUUUCCAUAUUAUGAGCAUAAGUAUUGUCUGUUAUUCUUUUAUUUGAAAGAAACAUGUUUCUGCUUCCUUGAUCUGUCAGUGUAUCAACACAGGAAAGUGCCAUUUAACCUUGCAGUAAAAGUAUGCUUUAAAUUAAACUGUUUCAUCAAUCCUUCCACACAGUGUUGACCUUGUAACAUAAUUUUUCUUAUAUUUGCUAAGCAACUUGUCACUGAUUUCAGAUUCCACUUGACUUGCUUUUGUCUGCUUAGUACUCUUUCUCCAUAUUUAUCUGGUGUUAUACCUUGUUUUGUGACCAAAUAACGGGCACUUAGGCUGGAUAGAAUGAUAUGUUUCUGAUAUGAUAGAAUGAUAUGUUCAUUGAUUGUUCCAGGAAGAAAAAUUGGUCAAGAUGGGCCAAUUAGUGUACUUUAUAGAUCUUGUAACCUUUGUACAACUCUAAAGCAGUAAACUCUACAACCAGCCAUCUGGGUGACCAGAGUAUUAGAGUGACAGUCUGACUGUGUAUAUAACUAAAAUGGAGAGAUGGAAGAAAAUUAUGCCGUGCUUAAUGUCUAGCUACUCCUUUCAAUUGUUCAUCCCCCUUGGGGUUUCUCCCCUCUGAAGUUGCAGAGGAGUAUAGCUAGGGAAGUGACAUUCUGCCAUCUUCAACACUGUUUCUAAGAUCAAAGUUUAACUGCCAGGCAUUUAUGAACUACUAAAUACCUAUGAGAAAUUAUAUUUCUGGGUGAUCUAUACAGGGUCUGUAACUUUCAUCACAUUCUGGAAAGGCUGCCAUGCCCUAAGUACUGAAGUACGAUUGCAGAAAAGAGACCCUUGCAAAGCCCUUUGAUGUUCCGCACUUCCUCCAAACCUCAAUUUGUUGCCCUUCUAAUCUGCUGUGAGAGCCAUGUUAGGGACAGAUGACAGGUAGUGGAGCUCUGUUGUGUGUCUUAAUGAUCAUGUGUGUGGGUUCUGUUUCCCAUGAUAUUCUCAGUGGCCAUCAGGGUCAUUGUUGUGCAGGAGACAUCCAGAGUGCGCUAGGCUAUAAAGAACAUCUGCCUCCUUCCUGGUUGGUGACCUCCUUAGUUCUCAGUAUUCUCUCAGUACAUGGCAAAGACUUCAUUCUGAGCCGAGUGGUAAAUGGUACAAUUAUUAGCAAUCCUUUUUAGGGCUGGGUAAGAUCAGUGUUCCUUAUGCAGCGUGAAUGCUGUUAUCAAUAGGUGUGUUCUGUGUACUUGAACGUACAUAACUGAAAUCUUUGUGUGCAUUUGUGUGAAUGUAUUGAGUGUAUAUAUUUAAUUCUUUAACAGAAGUAUGUAUGCAUCUGCUUGGAUGGUGCACUGACUACUGUAUAUAUACACAUACGUGUCUUAAGUCAAAUGAGGUGAGUUGUAAAAUAAGAAUUCUAUAAGAAUAUUUGCAUGUAUGUUAAUUUGACUCGCUUUUUAAAUAACUAUCACCCUUCAGGAUGAGCAAGCCAGGACCAUGGCUUGCUUCCUUCUUCAGUGUGAAUUUUUUACAUAACCAUUAAAUAUCAUUGAUUGUAUUUCAUUUUACUUCAUUUUAUAUAUAUAUAUGUCUUGCAACUAGGAUGCAUGCACAUUUUCUACUCCAUUACUACUACAUUCAAUUACAACUGAUACACUUUUUUUUGGAAAUCAAUUUUGUUCAGGUUUUGUGAAUCUAGAUUAGUGUUUUUUCAAAUAAUUUUCACUUCAGUUUAUAAUAAAUUUUGCGUCGUGAUCCAAUGUAAAAUACAAACACCAUUCAUUCAAUAGACAUUCAUUGAGCAUUCUCAUGGAUUGAAUUAUAUCCCCCCAAAAUGUAUAUAUUAACUUGGUUAGGCCAUGAUUCCCGGUAUUCUAUGGUUGUCUUCCAUUUUGUGAUUGUAAUUUUAUGUCAAAGAGGAUUAGGGUGGGAUGUAACACCCUUACUCAGGCCACAUCCCUACUGGACUAUGAGAGAAUAAAAUUCUCUUUGUUAAAGUCAUCCACUUGUGGUAUUUUUGUUAUAACAGCACUAGAUGACUAAGACAGGCAUUUAUAGUGUGCCAGUUCUAGGCACUGUGUCUUUUAGUAGUGAAUAAAAUAGAUAAAACUCCUAGCCUCGAUUGAGUUUACAUUCUAAUGAAAGAAUAUCAAACAAUAAAUAAGUAAAAUAUUUAGUA